AACUUGUCGUAGAAAGAGAUGGAGAUGGGACUUGGCUGGAAGUGAAGAAAUAUUUUUUGAGAGAACCAAUGUUAUGAAAUUGGCAAAUUGAUAUCAAUUGCUAUUGUCUUGGUUAGAUUGUCAACUCUUUGUCAUUAUUCAUUAUUGAUAUUGUGUACAAUACAGAACGCAGGCGAAUAUAUUUAAAUUAAAUUUAAAAAAUUGUUUUUAAAACCGUGACGUCAAGUUAUAAUUACAUAUUAAGUGACCUGACCGGAUUUUCUGUAAGCAAUGGAAACUGAUAAAUUACAUCCCAUGCCAAUGGAUGAUGUCGACUUCAGCAGCGGAUAUGAGACGCAAUAUGCUAAAGAAUACAGGCCGGUGCACUCCAUAGUAGUUCCGAAGCCAGACAAGGCAAACGCUUGGUAUCGUGAUCUACAGACUAUAUUUGUUGUGCUCUUCCUGGUGACAGUGUUUCUGAUCGGUUCGAUUAUGUUGAUAAUGUUUGUGUUCUCCCAAAAUCCUUGGCACGUAUUCGCCUUCACCAGCAUUUAUAUCAUUUUGGCGUUGAUUGUGAUUUUCAUCGAAGUGAAAAGUGUGCAUGUGCGAUAAACAAACAGACGUAAUAUUUAAAAUUAAAACGAAACAAAUUAAUGUUUUUCAUUAAAACUAAGAUAUUAUUCACAUAAUAAGAAAAUAAAAAAUAACGAAAUAUCUACAUAAUUAAUUCAUUGAAGAAAUCAAGUAAGACAUUAUAAAGUCAUGUUAUAUACAUGCAUACUUAAAUAAUAAUUAAUAAAA